CAACUAUGUGUACAGCUUUGCUGUGUCAUUUUUAGUUUAUUUGGUUAUUUUGCCGAUUAUUAGGUCUUUUUGACGUUCGAAUAGUUGAUAAAAUACAUUAACUGGCUUUUAAAAAUCCAAAUGGCAUCUGAGCGUUACAGUUUCUCCUUAACAACAUUCAGCCCUUCGGGAAAGCUGGUGCAAUUGGAAUAUGCUCUAGCUGCUGUGUCAGCCGGGGCUCCCUCGGUUGGAAUUAUGGCAUCCAAUGGAGUUGUCAUUGCAACUGAAAACAAACAUAAAUCGAGUUUGUACGAGGAACAUAGCGUAAACCGGGUCGAGAUGAUUACUGGGCACAUCGGCAUGAUAUACUCAGGAAUGGGUCCUGAUUACAGACUCUUAGUGAAGCAGGCGAGAAAACUUGCUCAAAACUAUUAUCUUACAUACAAAGAGCCCAUUCCAGUAGCUCAACUGGUACAACGAGUUGCUACUUUAAUGCAAGAGUAUACUCAAACUGGGGGUGUCCGGCCAUUUGGUGUUUCACUAUUAAUAUGCGGAUGGGAUUCGGAUCGUCCAUAUUUAUUCCAGUGUGACCCUUCGGGAGCUUACUUCGCUUGGAAAGCUACUGCUAUGGGUAAAAAUGCUGUCAAUGGCAAAACAUUUUUGGAAAAAAGGUAUAGCGAAGAUCUCGAGUUAGAUGAUGCAGUGCAUACAGCGAUCUUAACUUUAAAAGAGGGAUUUGAAGGAAAAAUGACAGCAGAUAAUAUUGAAGUUGGAAUAUGUGAUCGUAACGGAUUUAAACGUUUGGACCCAGCCACCGUGAAGGACUACUUGGUCAACAUACCCUAAAUCAUAAAAUACUGAAGUAUUUAAGCCAUGAAUAAUAAUCUUUAUAGGUGGAGUGUUUAUGUGUGUUUUAAAAAAAUAUACAUAUUUUUUCUAAUUUAA